CCUCAACCUCGCCACGAGCAUUUUCAGAUCUUCAUCCGGAGCAUCUUCUUCGUGGUGGUUUUGCCUUCUACGCUAUCGCCUCUUAUUCAACGUUGCGAGUGUGCGAGUCACUGUAGCCUGCGCAAAUAUAUUCGCGAGGCAGCAUUUAACAAAGCUCGCAGCGUCGUACCUACCGAAAGCCUUUGGAAGAGUAUAUUGCUCUUACCCAUUCUUUCUUGUUGACACUCACUCACAUCGAUUGUUUUCGUUACAAAACCGAUUAAUUAUCACUCACUUGAAUCUUCUGACUGGCAUAUAAGUGCUGAGAUCCAGGCAUGUCGAAUCGUCUUCCACAAUCUCAAGGAGCAGUUGCUGAGAAUUCGUCUUUCCAACUCUAUGUCUUCGGAAGCAAUGGAGAAGGCCAACUAGGAAUACCAGCAGCGGAGAUAGUCAACACUCCAACCCGAGUUCUUCAUUUUACAACCGACAGCUGCCCUUUUCCUCUUGAUAAGAUAAGAUACAUCAGAGGUGGCGAUAAUCACACGCUCUUUCUCACUCAGAGCGGCGUGGUCUACGGGGUUGGUGACAAUCGCAAAGGUCAGCUGAGAAGGGACAAGUCCGUAUCUCGACUCGAACCAUUCCACGUAUUGGCCCUCGAUAACAGCUUCGCCGACGCUACAUGCGAGUCAUCAGCUUACGUCGAGCUCAUCUCCGACCUUUCAUCCAGCGGGGUCAAAAUAUACGGUUCUAACAGCUGGGGUGAGCUUGGCUCCUACGACGAAACCUCUUCCCAGCUUCUGCGCUCAUCUGACGAAACCUUUGCCCACCUUCUGCUUCCAGGCAGGGUAGUUGAUUUCGCCGCGGGAGUUUGGCACUAUGUCGUCAUAAUGCAAGAUGGUUCAGCCUACGGUUGGGGGAAAGGGCGGCUCGGUCAGCUCGGAGACGCGUUAUCCGGCGGCAAAGUCAUGGCGCCUACCAAGAUCGAAGGCCUACCAUUUAAUCCCAAGAAGGUGGUAUGUGGCAAAGACUUCACAUACCUAGCCGGUGUUCCAGCCGAGGGUAAACAUCAUCUCCUCGGCAAAGACAAAUUCAACAUCAUCUCGAAUAUGCCAGAACAUGUCAAGAAUUGGAAAGACAUAGGCGCUACAUGGCACGCCAUCUUCGUGCUUUUCGAUGACGGUACUCUUACCGCGUGGGGUAAAGAGAAUAUGUGGCAACUACUACCGCCCAAUCUGCCGCUUCUGGAUAAAAUCGCUGUUGGGUCAGAUCACAUCCUCGCUGUGACAAAAGAGGGCAGAUUGAUAUCAUGGGGUUGGGGUAAACAUGGGAACUGUGGCGAUCUCUCAAAUGUUGGGUUUGAAAUGAAGAACGAUAUGGUCAGUGGUUUUUGGAACGAAAUCAGCAUACCAGGAGAGAUCGAAACGAUUGGAGCUGGAUACUGCACCAGCUUCGUGGUUACGAAACAACGUUGAAUAUCCGCUAAUUAUGAGUCUAUCAUUUAUAAUCUACGAGUACCAACGGUGCGGUCGUUCCUUCAUAGACGACAGCUUCAUCAGGCACCAAACCCAACAAUUCAAAAUUCCUCCCUCACCAAACUCCACUCCGCAACCGUCCCCCCAUCCGUGGCAUUCUCUACGAAAAGAUUCCCACUAAUACCCAAAUGCGCAUACCGCCCGCUCCAAACACUCUGCUCAAGAGUGACAUUCGUCUGAUUACCAAUGUACGUCUUGAUUUCAUACGCGGUAACUGGAUCCCAAGGCGCACUUAUCUUAACGUCUCCUACUAUUACCUUCCUCACAUCUUCAUCGAGCUCUGAGUCGGGUUGACUUUUGAACGGUGGUAGAGUUCUGUUAGAGAAGUAGACCUGGA